UACUUGUUCCGCUUCCGAUGACGCAGGGAAGUCGCAGAGAAGAAGUGUUAAAAAACAACAACAAAGUGCAGCCUGUGGCUCCUAGCCAGUGAAAAAGUUUAAGUUAAACAACAAGAAUAAGAAUAUUACAAAGAAUUGUUGUAAUGGAGUCGUCAGUAGUCGAGCUGGACGGCAGCGUGAUGGAGGGAGGCGGACAGAUCCUGAGAGUGUCGGCGGCCCUCAGCUGCAUCACCGGUUCUGCCAUUAAAGUCUCUAAAAUCCGAGCAGGCAGAAGUACACCGGGACUCAGGCCUCAGCACCUGAGUGGACUGCAGCUUACUUCAGACUUGUGUUCUGGCGUCCUGCAGGGUGGCGCUAUCGGCUCCACCGACAUCAGUCUGACUCCAGGAAAGAUUCUUUCUGGAAGCUAUACGGCGGACACACACACAGCAGGGAGUGUGUGUCUGCUGUUGCAGGUUGUCUUGCCGUGCGCUCUCUACACUGACGCUGUAUCACACUUCUGCCUCAGAGGAGGGACCAACGCAGAGAUGGCCCCACAAAUCGACUACACUGUGAAGGUCUUCAAACCCAUUGUGGAAAAGUUUGGUGUCCAUUUCGACUGUGACAUCAGAAUGAGAGGCUUCUACCCAAAAGGAGGGGGUGAGGUGGCAGUGUCUGUGAGUCCAGUCAAAGAGUUGCAGGCCAUCACCAUGUUGGACAGAGGAAAUAUCACCAAGAUUCACGGCAGAGCGUACGUCGCUGGCGUGCUGCCUUUCAAGCUGGCCAAAGACAUGUCCACCGCUGCAGUCCGUACAAUUAGGAAAGAAAUCAAAGAGCUCUACAUCAACAUUCAAGCACUGCAGGAGAAAGAAAAGGCUUUUGGCAACGGCAACGGCAUCAUAAUCAUAGCAGAGUCAUCCACAGGAUGUUUGUUUGCGGGUUCAGCUCUGGGCAAGAAAGGUGUAUAUGCAGACAAAGUUGGCAUUGAGGCUGCAGAGAUGUUGCUUAGAAACAUCCGGCACAACGGCUGCGUGGAUGAGUUCCUUCAGGACCAGCUCAUCAUCUUCAUGGCGCUGGCAAAGGGAACGUCUCGGAUUCGAACGGGCGCCGUGACGCUCCACACGCAAACGGCCAUCCAUGUAGCGGAGCAGCUGACACAGGCCAAGUUCAAAAUCACAAAAUGUGAGGAUGAAAUGAGCAACAGCGCCACCUACAUCAUUGAAUGUCAGGGGUCAGGGAUCACCAACCCCAAUCUGUAAGCACGUACUCAGAACAGUAUGUGUGUUUGGCUGAACUUCUCAGGUUUUUUUUGUUUGUUUGUCAGCUGCAAUGAUCAAAAAAUAAAUGUGAAUAAACAUUG